AUGGGAAGAAAUCAACACUUUUUACCAGCAGAAAAAUUAAUAAAGUUAAAUAAAAAGAGAAUAGAGUUAGAUGGCAUAAAAGGCAUUCAAUCAUUUGCAGAGAAGAUAGUUACUGAUAUAAUUAAUAGAGGAAGUAUACUUUCUAAACACAUGGGCACAGAUAUAAUAGACAGUAGUGAAAUUUCAAAAAUAAUAGAACUUAACUAUGAUUAUACUUUUGGUUUAAGAGAGAUUACAGGAGAAGAAGAUAGACCGGCAGAGAAUUAUAUUGAAAAAAUGGCUGAGAUAAGCAAACAAAAAUAA